CCGGAAGUGACAUGUCCCACAUAUUUCCGCUUUCUUUUUUUCUGGAGGGACGGUUGGCUGCUGGGCUGGGGGGCGCGGUGGAUAUUGACCUUUGCCCCGGCCUCGUCGUGGGUGCACAGCACAUCUCCCCGCGGCCGGCUUCCUCCCCCCAGAACCUCUUUCCGGCCUGGGAGCUUCUGCGAGAUGUUACUGUUCCUGUUGCUGCUGCCCCUGUGCUGGGCCGUGGAGGUCAAGAGGCCCCGGGGCGUCUCCCUCACCAACCAUCACUUCUAUGACGAGUCCAAGCCUUUCACUUGCCUGGACGGCUCUGCCACUAUCCCUUUUGAUCAGGUCAAUGAUGACUACUGUGACUGCAAGGAUGGCUCAGAUGAGCCAGGUACAGCCGCCUGUCCUAACGGCAGCUUCCACUGCACCAACACUGGCUACAAAGCCCUGUACAUCUCCUCCCGAUGGGUCAACGAUGGAGUUUGCGACUGCUGUGACGGGACCGAUGAGUACAACAGCGGGAUCGUCUGUGAGAACACCUGCAAAGAGAAGGGCCGGAAGGAGAGAGAGACACUGCAGCAGAUGGCAGAGGUGACGCGAGAGGGGUUCCGCCUGAAGAAGAUCCUUAUUGAGGAAUGGAAGAAGGCUCGGGAGGAGAAGCAGGAAAAGCUCACUGAGCUACAGGCUGGAAAGAAGUCCCUGGAGGACCAGGUCGAGAUGCUGCGCCUGGUGAAGGAGGAGGCCGAGAAGCCAGAGAAGGAGGCCAAAGACCAGCACCAGAAGCGGUGGGAAGAGCAGCAGGCUGCCUCCAAGGCCCAGCGGGAACGGGAGCUGGCGGCCGGCGCCUUCCAGGAGCUGGAUGACGAUCUGGAUGGGGCGGUCUCGGUCACCGAGCUGCAGACCCAUCCUGAGCUGGACACCGACGGUGACGGGGCACUCUCAGAAGGGGAAGCUCAGGCCCUGCUGGGUGGAGACAUGCAAACUGACGCUUCUGCCUUCUAUGACCGCGUCUGGGCUGCCAUCAGGGACAAGUACAGGUCUGAGCAGGUGCUCCCCACCAGCCCCCCGCCUGCACCUUCUGAGCCUGACCUGACAGAGCCCAAGGAGGAGCAGCCCGCAGUGCCCUCGCCACCCGUGGAAGAGGAAGAGGAGGACGAGGACGAAGAGGAGACGGAAGAGGAGGAGGAAGAGGAGGAAGAAGAUUCCCAGGUGCAGGGGGAGCAGCCCCAGGAGGCCCCCCCCCCACUGGUUCCACCACAGCCUGCUGCCAGCCCCACGGAAGAGGACAAAAUGCCCCCCUACGAUGAGCAGACUCAGGCCUUCAUUGAUGCCGCCCAGGAGGCCCGCAGCAAGUUUGAGGAGGCUGAGCGGUCCUUGAGGGACAUGGAGGAGUCCAUAAGGAACUUGGAGCAGGAGAUCGCCUUCGACUUCGGCCCCAGCGGAGAGUUUGCCUACCUGUACAGCCAGUGCUAUGAGCUCACCACCAGCGAGUACGUCUACCGGCUCUGUCCCUUCAAGCUCGUCUCUCAGAAACCCAAGCUAGGAGGCUCCCCCACCAGCCUCGGCACCUGGGGCUCAUGGGCCGGCCCUGACCACGACAAGUUCAGCGCCAUGAAGUACGAGCAGGGAACGGGCUGCUGGCAGGGCCCCAACCGCUCCACCACCGUGCGCCUGCUGUGUGGAAAGGAGACCGUGGUGACCAGCACCACAGAGCCCAGCCGCUGCGAGUACCUCAUGGAGCUGAUGACGCCGGCGGCCUGCGCGGAGCCGCCGCCAGAACCGCCGGCUGAUGGCGACCACGACGAGCUCUAGCCCCCCGCCCGGGGGCCCCAGAACCUCAAGGCACGGAAAUACCCCCAGCGGUGUCGCCCACCCACCCCGCUGUCUGUGGACCAAGGCCCCCGCUCCGGUCCCCUCACCUACCCAGCAGGGGUCGGAACCAAGUGGAGCUCCCGGCCCUGCUCUCCGCCCUGCUCUCGGGGGGCGGACUGGGCCCAGCUGCGUUCCCAGGCCCUGGCGGCCUCCAAAGGUGGAAUAAAGGAGUUCGCCCACUCUGGGCACCCCAAGCCCACCCCUGCCCAGGGUGUCUGCCUCCGUCCCAGGUGGGGAUCAGUGACUUGACCUGUGACCUCAAAACAAUAAACACGAUCCCCCCACCCAA